GGGGGCGCGGUGCGGUGCGGGUGCGAGCGAAUGAGAAUGGCAGACAGACAGUUCUCAAUGAACGUCACACAGGGAGAAUAUCUGUAGAUUUUCGGGUACAGGACAUCUCUUUCGUUAAAGGUGGACAUACAAAUAAGCAGGAUGUCAGGAACUGCUUCAAUUUUUUCUCCCCGCCUGAAGGCAGGUGUUCGAAUGUCAACAAAACUCGAUGCCGAUGGAAAUGAAGUUGAGGUGGAAGUUCGUGAGGAUGAAGAACAACAAAUUAAACUUCAGGAAACGCUUGACCUACUUGUUGCUGCUGGCUACUUUCGAGCUAGGAUCAAAGGCUUGUCACCUUUCGAUAAGGUGGUCGGAGGCUUGACGUGGUGUAUUGAAAUGUGCAACGUUGAUAUUGAUGUUGACCUCCUCUUUCAAGAAAAUUUAACAAUAGGUCAAAGAAUCUCUUUAACUGAAAAAAUUGUUGCUGUUCUGCCAGACAUGAAAUGUCCACACCGUAUUGAACCUCAUCAAAUUCAGGGUCUUGAUUUUAUUCACAUCUUUCCUGUCAUCCAGUGGCUGGUUAAGAGGUCUAUGGAAACAAGGGCAGAAAGAGCAGAACGGAUGCGUGCCCAUGCUGUUGACCAAUACAAACGAUUCUAUAGCACAGACACUAAAGAUGCUCAGAUUUUAGCUACUGCCUCUAAUGUGCGACAAGUACAGGAAACUUAUCGCCCUCAGAGAAGAUUCAGACGCCAAGUUCCAGCACAACCUGAUGAGGAUUUUAACACUCGUGUACACGGCACACUUCUAGAGUAUGGGCCUUUGUCAAGUCCACCUUUUCUUCAGGGGCGAGGCAAAGGGCAGGAAGCAUCUGCUGACUCUGAAUCGGAAUUAUCAUCACAGCUGCAGGAACAAGAAAAAACCGAGGAGCUUCGUGUGAAAGCUCUUAUGAAGAAUAUGGCAUCAACAGAGGAUCAGGAGAGCCGCCUUUCAGCUGGAUUGGUGGGCAGUAUUGUGAAUCUUCAAGCAGAAGAGAUUGCCCAAGCUGCCCGACACUAUGAAAAGCUACAAGCUACUUUUGAGGCUGCACCUCAAACAGCAUCUGCAAGGGCCCUGCAGGCCCUAACACGUCAACAAGAAAUGCUCAAAGAAAAGGAGUCAAAACUUCAAGUAGAGGCGGAGGAGCUUCGUCGUUCUCUUCAAGAAGCAGAAAAUCGAAUUGUGAUUGCUAAAAACCAGCAGUUUGACCUCAAUGAGCAAUUGCAGCAAUUGAAUAUUACUGGGAAUAGGAGUACUGUGCAGAAGCUGCAGUCCUUGGUAGAAACAUAUGAUAGCUUAAAAGAGCAAGAAGCUCGUUUUCGUGACCAAUGCAGAUCAGAGCUUGCUCGCCUUCAAGCACUUGCUGCUGAAGCAGCUGAAGGCCGCACUGGAACCGAGGGCAUAGAUGUAACUGAGCUAGGAUCCACCCUUGCAUCUGAGAAGGAAGCAUUAGUUUCUGUGAGACUUCGCUUGGCUCGUGCAACAAGAGCCGCGGCAUCACUUCAACGUCAACUAGAUGAUGUUCCUGGUCGCGCUGAGUUAGCACAGUACCAGAGGAGGUUCUUAGAACUUUACAGUCAAGUUGCUGCCAAGCACAAAGAAACAAAGCAAUUUUAUACACUGUACAAUACUCUAUCUGACACCAAGCUUUACAUGGAAAAGGAGCUAAAUUUAUUGGAUUCAAUUCUUGAAAACUACCAUGAAGCACUUUCAUCUCCAUCCAUGCGAGAGCAAUUCAUUAAACAGUUUGAGGGCAUUGUUGAGAAUGUCAAACAAAACAAAAUGAAGAUUGAGCAGCGUCGAAAUGAAGAACGAAUGAGGAGAGACAAACUUAACAAACAACAGGUUGCUCUUCUAGAGCUUGAAAGAAGCUAUGUUGCGGCUGUGAGACAGCUGACAGUUGAAUGUCGUAAGAAUGCUGUCCUCCUCGCUCAGUUGCGUGCAUCAGAGACUAUGAGCAAAUAAUGCUGUGCUUUUUCUCUUCACAAUUGUUUUGUUUUUUUGUGUUUUUUUUUUUGCAGAACAUGUAUAUUUCUAGUCCAAGCAAUGUGAGAAUUGUUUAUUUGUGAUACUGUAAAUUCACUUUCUAUUGUGACUGAUGAUUGUUUGUUUGACAUGUUGGUGAAGUCGUUGAUUGAUUUUAUAAUUUUUCAUGUCCAUAUCAAAAGUUUUUCCAUCUUACGUAUACGUAUAAUGAAAUGUUGUGGUAUCUCUAAUACAUUUUACAUAUUUUUUUUCUCAGAGAAAAAUCCUUUACCAGAAACAUUCCAGUGUACUUUUGUGCACAUGUUAUUAGCAUGUUGUUAUGUCUGUUUUGAAUUUUGUAUCUUCACUUUUAAAUAAACUUGCUUACAGUUACAUUUUCAA